AUGAUUGUGGACUACAGGAAAAGUAGUGCCGAGCACUUCCCCAUUCUCACCGACGAGGCUGUAGUGGAGCAGGUUGAGAGCUUCAAGUUCCUUGGUGUCCACAUCACCAACAAACUAUCAUGGUCCAAACACACCAAUAAUGUCGUGAAUAGGGCGCACCAAGAAUGUUGUGAACAGUCUCCCCUCAGGAAAGUGAAAAGAUUUGGCGUUGGUCCCCAGAUCCUCAAAAAGUUCCACCGUUGCACCGUCGAGAGCAUCCUGACCAGUUGCAUCACCGCCUGGUAUGGCAACUGCCUGGCAUCCGACCAAGAUCUGCGGGGCGUGACGAUAGUGGAGCUGAUUAAGAAGGAAGGCAGCACCUUGGGCCUCACCAUCUCUGGAGGAACAGACAAGGACGGAAAGCCCCGCGUCUCCAACCUACGACCAGGAGGACUGGCUGCCAGGAGUGAUCAGUUGAACGUGGGCGACUACAUUAAGUCAGUGAAUGGUAUCAACCUGACCAAGCUGAGACACGAAGAGAUCAUCAGUCUGUUGAAGAACGUGGGCGAACGAGUUGUCCUGGAAGUGGAGUACGAACUACCCCCAUCAGCACCAGACAGUACCUCAGGUGUGAUUUCCAAGACAAUGGAGAUAUGUUUGCACAAAGAAGGGACCAGCUUCGGCUUUGUCAUGAGAGGGGGCUCACACGAAGACUGGAACAAAUCUCGCCCCCUAGUGGUGACAUACGUCAGACCAGGAGGUCCUGCAGACAGAGAGGGUAGCCUGAAACCGGGGGAUCGUCUGAUGUGUGUAGACGGGGUGCCCCUCCACAGUGCCAACCACAGGGAUGCCCUCGUCGUGCUCAACCAGUGUGGUCAGGAGGCCCUCCUACAGAUCGAGUAUGACGUCUCUAUCAUGAAUACUGUGACGAAUGUGUCUGGUCCCCUAUUGGUGGAGAUCGCCAAGUCACCAGGGGCGGCUCUGGGUAUCACCUUGACAACCGCCACCCACAGGAACAAACAGGUCAUCGUCAUCGACAGGAUCAAAGCAGCUAGUGUGGUGGACAGGUGUGGAGCUCUCCAUACAGGGGACCACAUCCUGUCCAUCGAUGGGACCAGCACAGAGCACUGUUCAGUCCUAGAGGCCACACAGCUGCUAGCUAGCACAUCAGACCAGGCCAAGCUAGAGAUCCUCUCUGCCCACCACAGCAGACUGCCUAACAAACCACAGGACACUGUGAAGGUUCAGAAGAGUGACCACCCCCACUCGUGGGACCCCUGUGUGAACUAUUGUCCCCCCCAGCACCCCUCCUCUCACUGUAAGACCUGGACCACCUCUAACAACCCCUCCAGCACACAGGAAUACUGCAAAUCCCUAGUGUCUACCAACUUCUCCCCUGGUUCCACCACCACAACAUCAGGUCCUGGGUCGACCAGCCAGAUAUCCAGUACGCUGCCACGUACAGCCGUCCCCAUGAGCCCACGCAACUCCAUGAUGAAGAGACGACAGAGGAAAAAAGAGCAUAAGAGCUCAUCCGUGUCCCUGGCGUCCAGUAGUGUAGGUCCUGGUGGCCAGAUCGUCCACACAGAGAGCAGUGAGAUCAUCCUGAGAGGAGACCCCCUCAAUGGCUUUGGGGUCCAACUACAGGGGGGAAUAUUCGCUACAGAGACCCUCUCUGCUCCCCCUCUCAUCCGCUUCAUAGAGCCAGACAGCUCUGCUGAGAGGUGCGGACUGCUGCAGGUGGGAGACAGACUCCUGUCCAUCAACGGAAUCCCCACGGAGGACGGAACACUGGAGGAAGCGAAUCAGCUUCUCCGAGAUGCGGCUCUGACCAAUAAGGUCUCCCUGGAGGUGGAGUUUGACGUCGCAGAGUCUGUUGUGCCCAGUAGUGGAACGUUCCAUGUUAAACUACCUAAGAAGAGAGGGGUGGAGCUGGGCAUCACCAUCAGUGCCAGUAAGAAAUCUGGAGAGCCGUUAAUCAUCUCAGACAUUAAGAAAGGCAGCAUGGCUCACAGGACUGGUACCUUGGAGCCUGGGGACAAGCUCCUGGCCAUAGACAACAUCAGACUGGAGAGCUGUUCUAUGGAAGACGCCUGUCAGAUCCUAGAACAGGCCGAGGACCUGGUUAAACUCAAGAUCCGUAAGGACGAAGACAACUCUGAUGAACAAGAGACGUCUGGUUUAAUCAUCUACACGGUGGAGCUGAAGAGAUAUGGAGGCCCGCUGGGGAUCACCAUCUCAGGCACGGAGGAGCCCUUUGACCCCAUCGUCAUCUCUGGCCUCACCAAGCGGGGCCUGGCUGAAAGGACCGGAGCAAUCCAUGUGGGAGACCGUAUCCUGGCUAUCAACAGUGUCAGUCUGAAGGGCAAGCCGCUCAGCGAGGCCAUUCACCUGCUACAAAUGGCCGGGGAGACGGUCACACUCAAGAUCAAGAAACAGGUCGACAUGGCAGACGAGAAGAAGAAGGAUGGAGAGAUGGAGAAUGAUUUGAGUGACACGGAGGACGUGUCGGACAUGACAGACUCUCAGAAGACCAACAAGCUGUCAGAGAUCUACUCCACCACCAUACCCAGUGUGGACUCUACCAUGGAGUCCUGGGACGGAUCCGGCAUCGACGCUGGCUACGGAAGCCAAGGGCCCUACAACCCCCAGGCGGCAGGCAUCGCCCUGCACCCCCAUGAGUGGAGGAGUGCCAGGCAGAGGACCAGCCCCCCACCCCCGGGCCGCCGUAGUAACAACUACCCUUUCAGUGACGGGGGCUUCAGUGAAGACGACUGGGACAAACCGUCAGGAUACACCAGCCAGCCUCACAGUGACGCCAUCAUGCUCGACCACGAGGACAGUUUCUGGUGUCAGGCACUGGAAGACCUGGAGACCUGUGGACAGUCUGAGCUCCUCAGAGAGAUAGAGGCAUCUAUUAUGACGGGCAGUGCCAUCAGUAUUGGGGUGGAUGGUAACAAGUCCCAUGGCCUCCCCCACCCUGGAGACCCCGUCUGCCAGCCCCGCAUCAGCCCUCUGCGGAGGAGCUCCCUCCAGCACCACGAUGCCAAGACCCACCUGCACCAGGAGGCCCACCUCCACCAGGGGGCCCACCUGCACCCGGAGGCCCAUCUGCACCCGGAGGCCCAACUCCUGCAUCACGAGGCUAGAACCCAGCUGCAUCACGAGGCCAGGGCAAAGAACACACUCCGGGUGUCUGAGAAGACCUGGGAGUCUCGUAGGAUCAAGGAAGAGAUGCAGGAGAUCCUCUCCCCUACCCCUCUGGAGCUACACAAGGUGACGGUGAUGAAGGAUCCAGAGAGCGAUGACUUUGGCUUCAGCGUCUCCGACGGGUUCCUGGAGAAAGGUGUUUACGUCAACAUGAUCCGUCCGGAGGGCCCAGCAGACCGCGCAGGCCUGAAACCAUAUGACAGAAUCCUACAGGUGAACCACGUGCGUACCAGAGACUUUGACUGCUGCCUGGCUGUCCCCCUGAUCACUGAGGCCGGGGACAAGCUGGAGCUGGUGAUCAGCAGGAACCCUCUGGCCCAGCAACUGCACCAUGAACCGGACUGUCUGGACCAGGACCAAGGACUUCUCAUCUCUGCACUGCAGUCCAACAGUAGGGAACACCACCACUAUACUACUACAACCCGAGCCAUGGACCUGUGAUUACAGACAGACAGCACAGACACGCCAAGCCGCAGACUGUUACCAUGGAGCAGUAUGUGAAUCUACAGACACACACAGAACAAUGGACCUUCUUUGGACAUGUGAACUACAGACGCAGCCACAGUCCAGUACCAUGGACACACCAAGUCACAUACUGAACUUCUGAAUGAACUACAGACGCAGCCACAGUCCAGUACCAUGGACACACCAAGUCACAGACUGAACUUCUGAAUGAACUACAGACGCAGCCACAGUCCAGUACCAUGGACACACCAAGUCACAGACUGAACUUCUGAAUGAACUACAGACAGGAGCCUCAAACCAGUACUAUAGACCUGUGACUAAAGACACAGACCAAUACUAUAGACUAUAGACCUAUGACUAAAGACACAGUCCAGUACCAUGGACACACCAAGUCACAGACUGAACUUCUGAAUGAACUACAGACAGGAGCCUCAAACCAGUACUAUAGACCUGUGACUAAAGACACAGACCAAUACUAUAGACUAUAGACCUAUGACUAAAGACACAGUCCAGUACCAUGGACACACCAAGUCACAGACUGAACUUCUGAAUGAACUACAGACAGGAGCCACAGUCCAGUACCAUGGACACACCAAGUCACAGACUGAACUUCUGAAUGAACUACAGACGCAGCCACAGUCCAGUACCAUGGACACACCAAGUCACAGACUGAACUUCUGAAUGAACUACAGACGCAGCCACAGUCCAGUACCAUGGACACACCAAGUCACAGACUGAACUUCUGAAUGAACUACAGACGCAGCCACAGUCCAGUACCAUGGACACACCAAGUCACAGACUGAACUUCUGAAUGAACUACAGACGCAGCCACAGUCCAGUACCAUGGACACACCAAGUCACAGACUGAACUUCUGAAUGAACUACAGACAGGAGCCUCAAACCAGUACUAUAGACCUGUGACUAAAGACACAGACCAGUACUACAGACCUGUGACUAAAGACACAGACCAGUACUACAGACCUGUGACUAAAGACAGACCAGUACUACAGACCUGUGACUAAAGACACAGACCAGUACUAUAGACUAUAGACCUGUGACUAAAGACACAGACCAGUACUACAGACCUGUGACUAAAGACACAGACCAGUACUACAGACCUGUGACUAAAGACAGACCAGUACUACAGACCUGUGACUAAAGACACAGACCAGUACUAUAGACUAUAGACCUGUGACUAAAGACACAGACCAGUACUAUAGACUAUAGCCCUGUGACUAAAGCCACAGACCAGUACUAUAGACUAUAGACCUGUGACUAAAGACCUGUGACUAAAGACACAGACCAGUACUACAUACCUGUGACUAAAGACACAGACCAGUACUAUAGACCUGUGACUAAAGACACAGACCAGUACUAUAGACCUGUAACUAAAGACACAGACCAGU